AUGAGGAACCCCAAAACCCGUGAGGACUACACCGUCGGGUGGAUCUGUGCGUUGUUUGAGGAACAGGUUGCAGCAACGGCAAUGCUGGACCAAAUCCAUCCCGACCUUCCCAAGCCACCAAAUGACCCCAAUGCCUACACAUUAGGAUCGAUCGAUCAGCAUGGAGUGGUGAUAGCCUGCUUACCGAGCGGGAAAUAUGGGAACAACCCAGCUGGAACCUGCGCCAACCACAUGGUACGAACCUUUCAGUCCGUCAGGGUGGUCCUCAUGGUUGGCAUCGGCGGCGGAAUUCCACCCAAAGUCAAGCUCGGGGACGUGGUCAUUAGCACUCCGGUCGACCGAUUCUCUGGGGUGAUUCAGUGGGAUUUGGGAAAAGCAGAGAAGGACGGGAAGUUCAGACCUGUUGGCUCGCUCAACAAUCCUCCUACUGCUUUGUUGACAGCGAUAUCCAAGAUGCGGACCCGACACAGGCUGAAUGGACAUCAAAUACCUCGCUAUCUAGACACGAUGGGCAAAAGGUUUCGCAAACUUGUCCCAGAGUACACACAAUCAACGUCGCUCAUAGAUCCUCUCUUUCGGGACGUGCCAGACCAAGCAGAAGACGACUCAGAAAGCAUCUCUCUGCACUAUGGCUUAAUCGCAUCUGGUAAUCAGGUCAUAAAGGAUGCAAAUUUGCGGGAUAAGAUCAACCAAAGCUUCGACGGAAAAGUUCUCUGCAUUGAGAUGGAGGCAGCUGCACUGAUAGAUAAUUUUCCGUGCAUUGUCAUUCGGGGCAUCUGUGACUAUGCAGACUCAAUGAAAGAAGAGUCCUGGCAGAAAUAUGCCGCAGCUGUCGCCGCGGCGUGCGCGAAAGAACUGCUUCACUACGUCCAGCCAAGCGAGGUCAACGCAGAGCUCCCAGUUCGGAGUAUUCUUGGUGACGGUUAG